AUGUCUCAAUUCCAACUCGAGCAGACGUCGGUGAUCAAGACGGCGCCGCCCGGCGGUCGUCAGUUGGAGUUUCCGAAGAAUGAGCCCAUCGACAUUGCCACGUCGAACCUGCAGGAUUUGUCGAAGAUGCAAUCGCUCGACGCCUACUACCAGACGUCGGUGCCCGUUCAGUCGUAUCAUCGAAUGUACGAGAAUUAUCCGACGUCGCAGAUCAUCACAACGCAAACCGCCGCCGCACAAAACUUCUACUAUCCGGCAGUGCUGACGAACACGAACAUCCAGCAAGACUGGGGUCGGCAGAUGGACACGUCCGCCUACGCGGGCGCCUAUGCGAGGAGUUCGAGCGGUCAGCAGCAGCAACAGUACACGCAGCAGGUUACCGAAAAUGAGCGGAUAGUCUAUAAGGCGGUCGAUAUGCCGUCGCCUGUCGACUCUGGAAUCGGAGGCGAUAUUAGCAUGCUCACGAAUCCCAAAGAGGAGUUUUUCACAUCCGGAGACGCGUCGAGUCUUUUGGCGGAGAGGAGCAGUGAGCGAACACUCAGCCAUCGAGACUCGCCGUUGGUCAUUCCGAAAUUGUGAGUUGAACGUUUUUUUUUCCUACGAAGCCUCCUAAGGAUUCUGAAAGUUGCUUAGUCAAAGAUAACUUUGAAAUUUGAACAGCUACUGUAGCGUCAGAAUUUUUUUGAAAUUUUUCUAGUUGAUCACUGUUUACGGUGCUGCGGGUCUUGGAACUUCCAAGAGCUACAGUGCGUGUAGGAGUGGUGGUACAAAAAAGUGGUCAACUGCAAAAAUGACCAAAAUGUUGAGUACUAUAAUUUUCUAGUUGAUGACUUUUACGUACAACCCCUCCCGAGAGUACUGUAGUCGCUAGAAGUUAGAGCAUCUUCCAAUUGCUACAGUGCUCGUAGGAGUGAUGGUACAAAAAAGUGAUCAACUACAAAAACGCUCUAAUAGAUGUCGGGAUUAUGCUUAAACACUUUUAUCCCACAAUACUUUCACUUUUUAUGACGUGGCAGGGGAAUCCAAUGCAAUGCAAUGCGCACAUCCAAAUUACCAUCGUUUCACAUAAACGCGCCCCGCAGCCACCAACCACUGCCACCAUUUUAUGAUGCAUUCUGUAUAAAACUUUCUCUCUCUUCUUUUCCCCCAAAAUGACUCAUUUAAUGACCCGGAUAUACCCGGAUUUGCCAAAAAUUUAUAUUAUCCGAUUCGCAACGAGGCAACAAAAAAAAAGAAAAAGCAACAGCGAAAAACGUUUCAGACACAACACAUUGGGCUUUCAAUAUGUACUCGAGGCGCCGAUUUCGACGUCCGUUCGACGAGACGACGAUCGGAUGACGUACGUGAAUAAGGGACAAUUCUACACGGUCUCACUCGACUACAUACCCGAUCCGUGUAAACCGCUGAAGAAUGUGACGGUCAAAGUGAGUUGGAACGACGCUUUUUUCCGGGAAACAAACUUCCACAUCUUCGCAGAGCCAACUAAUGAUCGUGUUCCGCGAGGACAAGACGUACGAGGAGGAGAUCAAGGCGUGGCAGGGAUGGCACUCGCGACAGCACGUCUCCAAACAGCGCAUUCUCGAGGUGGACAGCAAAAACAGCUCGGGAAUGAUGGGCCAGGUGGAGGAGAUUGGCAACAACGCCGUCCAAUUCUACUGGAACCCGUCGGAUCAGAGCGGCGGUGUCAAGGUGCGUCGCAGAGUUGAUAUCUUUUUUAGAAAAUUUUUUCAUGGAAUGUGAUCAACUGACGAAAUGUAGAGCAAAGUGAUCUCUGCGCAUAGAAAAAUAAUUGUGAAUUUAGCGAUUCAUACAAAAAAGUUAUAUUCGAGUUGUUCCGUUAGCCCUUUUUUGAACGAAACAACUCGAAUAACUUUUUUGUAUGAAUCGCUAAAUUUACAAUUAUUUUUCUAUGCGCAGAGUUCACUUUGCUCUACAUUUCGUCAGUUGAACACAUUUCAUGAAAAAAUUUUCUAAAAAAGAUAAAAAUUAUUCCGUGUUCACCACAUCGAUGAUGCACCAUAUUGCAGAUCUCCAUCGCCGUCCAAUGCCUUUCCACCGAUUUUUCGACGCAAAAAGGCGUAAAAGGUCUGCCGCUGCACGUUCAAAUCGACACCUACGACGGCGACAACGAAAAGUUGCCGUUCCAUCGCGGAUAUUGUCAAAUCAAAGUGUUUUGCGACAAGGUAAGUGAUGGUCCGCCCCUAGGUAGUACCCGUAGUCUCUAGAACUUUUUUGAACGAUUGAAAACAAAAUAUCGAAUCGAUAAAUUGACGAGAUUAUUAGGGCGCUGAGCGAAAACUUCGCGACGAAGACAAACGAGCGGCGAAACGAAAGCUCCAAGGUACAGUAAUCCGUUUCUCCUUUUUUGUGCCACUUUUGCUCUAACGUCUCUCUGUGUUUGUCUUCGUCGUCGUCGUCGUCGUCGUCGUACAGUAAUCCCUCGUGUCCAGUCAAGUUUUCCAUGUUUUUUGUAGGGCGCUAAUCGAAAAAUGUUGCACGAGAAUCGGCGAGAUGAGAAGCGGCGGAUGCAAGGUACGGUUUCGGUGUGUCCAUGUUUUCCAUGUCUUUAACCCCCCGCCCCGCCUCUUACGUGUGCUUUCGUAUUAACCCAACUAUAAUAAUAAUAAUAAUCGUCGGUUCACAAUGUUUUACCAAUAUCUCAGACUAUUCAGAGUUCGCAUCCGCCGGCGGUUUGUCGGGACGCAAAAAGUCCGACGGCGAGUAUCACGAACAGUGCGACCGCAGUGAAUUCUAUCACAUGCGCGAGUUGGACAAGCCCGCCGCGCUGUUCAUCGCGCCGGAAGAGUACGAUCAGCGGUACGUGGACAGCACGAGCAGCCUCUUCGACAUGGCCGAGAUUGAGCCGAUCGCGAAGCGGCCGCGCACCUCGGAGAGGAGUGAGUCUUUUUUUUUGUAGCCUUCCGAGACGUUCUCCAACUUUUUUUUUCGUGACACUUUGACGCUCCAGCACAUGUGUAGCUCUUCAAAGUUCUCUGGCAUUGCGUUAUUAAUCUAACGGCGAUCUAGCUAGAUUAAUAAAUUGUCUAGCUAGAUUAAUAAAUUGUCUAGCUAGAUUAAUAAAUUGUCUAGCUAGAUUAAUAAAUCUUCUAGCUAGAUUAAUAAAUUUUCUAGCUAGAUUAAUAAAUCUUCUAGCUAGAUUAAUAAGUGCUCGAAUCUCGAUUGGGCCAAGAAAAAAAGCAGUCGAAUCUAUCUAAUAAUAGGUCGCGUUUAGAUUAAUAUCGAAUUGCCAGAGAAUUCGAGAGUCUCACUUUGAACGACUAUUGUCGGCUUCGCAGACCCGACCCCGUUUUUGUGAAAUCUUCACGCCUAGUACGGUAUAAUAUUUUUGUGCAUUCUCACUUCCCGGCUUCUUAGUGUUGGUCGUCGAAAAAAAGUGUCAACUACAAAAAUACCGUACUCAACGGAAGAACACGAAAGAAUUUUUAUCUUUUUUAGAAAAUUUUUUGAUGGAAUGUGAUCAACUGACGAAAUGUAUAGCAAAGUGAACUCUGCGCAUAGAAAAAUAAUUGUAAAUUUAGCUUUGCAUACAAAAAAGUUAUUCGAGUUGUUGCGUUGGCCCUCUUUUGAACGGAACAACUCGAAUAACUUUUUUGUAUGAAUCGCUAAAUUUACAAUUAUUUUUCUAUAAGCACAGUUCAUUUUGCUAUACAUUUCGUCAGUUGAUCACAUUUCAUGAAAAAAUUUUCUAAAAAAAGAUAAAAAUUCAAGAUUACAUUUCAUUUUCAUUAUUUCAAAAAAGAAGGCUCCCAGGCCCUCCAAACGAGUCGCUUUUUGCAGUAAUGCUGUACGUCCGAAAACGAGACGAGCAAAUCUAUCAGCCGCUGCACGUCAUACCGCCCUCACUGUCCGGACUCGCGUUAGCCAUCGCCAACAAGUUCUCCUCGGAUCCCGACAAGGUUUGUCGUUGUUUUUCAGCGCUUUCAUAUCGAUUUCUCUCUCUCUCUCUUUCUAGAAUUUGCUAAUCUGGUCCGGGCUUGAGCCUGAGCCUAAAAAAGCCUAGAAAAGUGAAUUUGUGUGCUUUCCGCCGCACAAUGAACUGUUGUGAAAGUACAUACAAAAGUGAGGAGAGAGAAAAAAAGAGAGAGCAAUGAACGAAUGAUCGGAGAGCGAUUUUUGCUGCGGCGAAAAGUUUGUUUCUGUCUCGGGAGCGUGAGGUCACUUUUGCGCGCGCGCGCGCGCGGAGAGCCAAGAAUAGCUCCGCACUGUGUUUUAUGUGUGUUUUUGAGUGACCCCCCCCCCCCUUUUCUUUCUCCGAGAAUAGACUGAAGAUGGAGACGAAAUAGAACAACGGGUGAAUGUUUGUGUUGCACCUAAAUGGAUCCCCCACGAGGACGAACGAUGAUGAAAAGUUCAAUUGAGAGGAGAAAUUGGGGGGUUGAGCGGAAGAGCUCAACGGAAGAAUUUUUAUCUUUUUUAGAAAAUUUUUUCAUGGAAUGUGAUCAACUGACGAAAUGUAUAGAAAAGUGAACUCUGCGCAUAGAAAAAUAAUUGUAAAUUUAACGAUUCAUACAAAAAAGUUAUGCGAGUUGUUGCGUUCAAAUUCGAGUUGUUGUGUUCAAACGGAACAACUCGAAUAACUUUUUUGCAUGAAUCGCUAAAUUUACAAUUAUUUUUCUAUGCGCAGAGUUUACUUUGCUCUACAUUUCGUCAGUUGAUCACAUUUCAUGGCAAAAUUUUCUAAAAAAGAUAAAAAUUCUUCCGUGUUCUUCCGCUCAACUCUCUGGUCUAGAGGGACUUGAAAGCCGUAAAAAAGUCUCAAAAUGAGCCAAAUCAUGUGUAGAAUGCGUCGAAAAAUUGAAAAAAAUCCAUAGAAAUCCUCAAUAUCUUGCAGAUGACCGGUGUGUACAAGCGUUGCGCGAAAGGAAUAACGGUAAAGUUGGACGAGGAGAUGCUGCGACACUACUGCAACGAGGACACGUUCAUAAUUGACGUGGAGCACGCGACGGACGGCUCCACCGCCGCCACGCUCAUCGAGGUGGCACCGCCCACACAGAACCAGUACUCCAACUCGUAG